GAGGCCGCACCAAUCAGCACCCGCAGCCGCGGACCGGGGGAGCAGUUGGCUACAGUUGUUGCAACUUUUUUCGAAAGCUGGGUUUCCCGGGAGAUUCCAGGCGCUGACAGAGCCCAGCCAUGGCUAGAGGCAGGAAGAUGUGCAAGCCCCGCGCGGUGGAGGCGGCGGCGGCGGCGGCGGCGGUGGCGGCGGCGACGGCCCCGGGCCCGGAGAUGGUGGAGCAGAGGGGCCCGGGGAGGCCCCGCAGCGACGGGGAGAACGUGUUUGCCGGGCAGUCAAAGAUCUAUGCCUACAUGAGUCCGAACAAAUGCUCUGGAAUGCGCUCCCCUCUUCAGGAAGAGAACUCAGUUGCACAUCACGAGGUCAGAUGCCAGGGGAAGCCAUUAGCUGGGAUCUACAGGAAGCGAGAAGAGAAAAGAAAUGCUGGGAAUACAAUCCGAAGCUCCGUGAAGUCCGAUGAACAGAAGAUCAAAGACGCCAGGAGAGGUCCCCUGGCACCUUUUCCAAACCAAAAAUCUGAAGCAGCAGAACCUCCAAAAACUCCACCCCCAUCAUGUGAUCCUACCAAUACAGUGGUUGCCAAGCAGGCCCCGAAAAAGCCCCUGAAGGGCAAGCAGGCCCCUCGGAAAAAGUCUCAAGGGAAAACACAGCAGAAUAGAAAACUCACGGAUUUCUACCCGGUGCGAAGGAGCUCCAGGAAGAGCAAAGCUGAGCUGCAGUCUGAAGAAAGGAAGAAAAUUGAUGAGCUGAUUGAGAGCGGGAAGGAAGAAGGCAUGAAGAUUGAUCUCAUUGAUGGAAAAGGCCGGGGUGUGAUCGCCACCAAACAGUUCUCCCGGGGAGACUUUGUGGUCGAAUACCAUGGGGACCUCAUUGAGAUCACCGACGCCAAGAAGCGAGAGGCUCUGUAUGCACAAGACCCCUCCACAGGCUGCUACAUGUACUAUUUUCAGUAUCUGAGCAAAACCUACUGCGUGGAUGCCACUCGCGAAACGAACCGCCUGGGGAGGCUGAUCAAUCACAGUAAGUGUGGGAAUUGCCAGACCAAACUGCACGACAUCGAUGGUGUGCCUCACCUCAUCCUCAUCGCCUCCCGAGACAUUGCAGCUGGGGAGGAGCUCCUGUACGACUAUGGGGACCGCAGCAAGGCCUCCAUCGAGGCCUACCCGUGGCUGAAGCAUUAACCAUGCGGCUCCCUGCCUCCCUGCCUCCCUGCCACCCUGCCUCCUUCAAAGGACAAAGUGCCCUCAAAGGGAAAUGAUUUUUUUUUUUUUACACACACACACUUACUCUUAGCUAAAUUACUUCAAAUGUUUUUAAAAAGUAUAUUAAAGAUGCCUUUUCAUGUAGUAUUUAAAUAUCUGUUACAGGUUUCCAAGGUGGACUUGAACAGAUGGCCUUAUAUUACCAAAACUUUUAUAUUCUAGUUGUUUUUGUACCUUUUUGCAUACAAGUUGAACGUUUGUGCUUCCCGCCCGCGCAGUCUAAGACUCGGCACAGGUUUUAGAGAAUGGAGUCGAACGUGAACUAGGAAGCUGGGCUCUGCCCAAGAUGAAAGCCAGGACUCCCCCGUACCCCACGUCCAAGGACAGGCGGGUGUGAGGGUGCUGCCAUCCCCCACGCACAGCCUGGACAGGAUGUCUCCAAGCUCUUGUUCUCUUCAGCAUCUUGACAGGCGUACACAUUGACGUGUAUGAAUAUUUUUUAACAAACGUUUCGCAGUAAGCUAGUCUUCCCCUCUGCUUUCUCCAAAGCUUACUGAGCCCGGGGCUCGGAGGCCCAGCCGGGAACAGACCUCUUCCACAGGCUUUCGGCUUUUCCAGGCACCUUGAAGCAUCAGGGUGGGCAGUCAGACUAGAGGCAGGCCGGGAAAAGCACUGUUCUCCUGCCCCAGCGGGGCAGGUCUCCUUGAAACUGCAUUAAUUCUUUAUAGAAAUGUGAACACUGAAUUUAUUUUAAAAAUAAAAAUAAAAAUAAAAAAACCAAAACGUUUAAAAAAAAAUCAAAAAAAGAAAAAAAAUGGAAAAAAAAAACCACAGAAAACAACUUAUAUGUAUAUAGGUUUUGAAGGGAGUGAAAUGACUGCGUUUUUCUUUUCUUCUGGGGUUCCUUUAUUUUUAUCUUUUUGGCUUGGCUGGCUGGUUUGUGUAGAGAAGAUUGGAGAUGGUACUCUAUUCUAAUCAAAAGUAAGGUUUUGUAGUGGGACCAGAAAUUACUAAGCCCAUACACCCCCCCACCCGCAACCCCGAUUCUGCUGUGUGGAAAGUUCUCUACCUGCUGUCAAGGCAGAACCCCUAGUAUCCUGUGGGAAUGGUGCCAGCCCAGGACCCCUGCCAGCAUCAGGCAUCAG